UCGCGACCGAGCAGCACGCUUUUUCUUCUCAGUGCGCGAUAUUGGAAGAGUGUUACAAAAAAGUAGCUACUGGAGAGUACAAUUUUCCGAGUGAUUCACGCAAUAGGAAUUUUAGCAGAUUUAUUCUUGCCGAUAAUUUCAGUAUUGUGAUGAGUGAAGCUGGUGCUCAGUCUUAGGAUAAUUUCUUGGGAUAUGUACCGGUUCAGCACCGUUUAGUAGAAGAAAAUGGAUCAAAACACAGAACUUGGCGAAUGGGUUUGGCUUGCACCGAAGCUCAGCGAUGAGUUUGAGAUUCCUUACGCAGGCCGGGUGCUUCGUACCCAUUCCGGAAAGACCCUUAUCGUGGACGAUGACGGUAAGGAAGAGUGGAUCAACGAUAAUAAGGUUAUUAAACCGAUGCAUGUCACAUCACAGAAUACGGUCAACGAUAUGAUAACGCUUGGCGACCUUCAGGAGUAUGCUAUUUUACGUAAUUUGAUUGUUCGAUAUCGUCAAAAACAAAUCUAUACAUACACCGGUAGUAUGCUGGUGGCCAUAAAUCCAUAUGAAAUAUUACCUAUUUACACGUACAACGAGAUCAACUUGUACCGCGAUAGGAAAAUCGGAGAUUUGCCACCGCACAUUUUCGCCAUUGGAGACAGUGCAUACCAAGAGAUGCGCCGAAAUGCACGAGAUCAAUGUAUAGUUAUAAGUGGUGAAUCAGGUGCCGGGAAAACUGAGAGUACUAAACUAAUUCUGCAAUAUCUGGCCGCAACUAGUGGAAAGCACUCGUGGAUUGAACAACAGAUUAUCGAAUCGAAUCCUAUUUUGGAAGCUUUUGGGAACGCGAAAACUGUACGGAAUGAUAACUCUUCUCGCUUCGGCAAGUAUAUCGAUGUGCACUUCAACAAGGAAGGCGUUAUUGGUAGUGCGAAGAUCGAUCAGUAUUUACUGGAGAAAUCGAGGAUAGUUCAUCAGAACAAGGGGGAACGGAAUUAUCAUAUCUUCUAUUCGAUGCUCGCUGGGAUGAGUAAGGAAGAAAGAAAAUUACUGGAAUUAGAGGAUGCCUCCAAGUAUCAAUACCUGACUGGUGGACAAACUUUGAACUGCGAAGGACGGAAUGAUGCUAAGGAAUUUGCAGAUGUCCGAUCGGCGAUGAAAGUGCUGGCAUUUUCCGAUUCCGAGAUUUGGUCGGUGCUGAGUUUGCUUGCCGCUAUUCUACACCUUGGAAAUAUAAAAUACAAAGCUACCACCGUACAAAACCUCGAUGCCGUUGAAGUGAACGACAACACGAACGUGACUAGAGUGUGCUCUUUGCUUGGAGUACAGAAAAAUAUACUGAUCAAUGCUCUGACCAGAAGAACCAUAUUUGCUCAGGGGGAACGUGUAAUAUCGCACAUCUCCAAGGAGCAAGCGCUGGAGGCGCGGGAUGCCUUCGUGAAGGCAAUCUAUGGAAAAAUAUUCAUCAUGAUUGUGGAUAAGGUCAACAGUGCCAUCUACAAACAUUCGCCCAAGUCUCGUAUAUCUAUUGGUGUUUUGGAUAUUUUUGGCUUUGAACAGUUUGAUACGAACAGUUUCGAACAGUUGUGCAUUAAUUUCGCUAACGAAAAUCUGCAGCAAUUUUUUGUUAAACACAUUUUUAAGAUGGAGCAGGCCGAAUACACUCGCGAAGGCAUUAACUGGACGAACAUCGAGUUCAUCGACAACCAGGAUGUGUUAGAUAUGAUUGGAAUGAAAUCGCUUCAUAUCAUGGCACUGAUCGAUGAGGAAACUCGUUUUCCGAAGGGUACCGAUCAGACCAUGCUUUCGAAAUUGCACUCCACCCACGGUCAGAAAACAAUCUAUUUGAAACCAAAGUACGAUAACGUUCCUUCUUUUGGCGUUCAGCAUUUCGCCGGAACAGUUUUUUAUACGGUGAACGGAUUUCUGGAAAAGAACCGCGAUACUUUUAGUUCCGAUUUGAAGGAACUGGUUACCAAAAGCAGCAACGAGUUUUUGAUCAAGUUGUUUGGGUCGGACGAUUCGUUGGAUACUUCGAAGCGGUCGAUUACUCUCUCGUUGCAGUUCCGGAACUCGCUUGACACUUUAAUGAGAACAUUGUCCUCGUGCCAUCCGUACUUUAUAAGGUGCAUCAAGCCGAAUGAUUUUAAGAAACCGAAGAUUAUAGACAAAGCUCUGUGUGUUCGACAACUGCGAUAUUCCGGUAUGAUGGAGACUGCGAAGAUCCGAAAAGCGGGUUAUGCGAUUCGGCACACCUAUACUCAGUUCGUACAACGAUAUCGGCAUUUAGGUAAAAACAUUGGCCCUGCCCACAAAGUCGAUUGUGUAUCCGCAUCUAGACAGAUUUGCGAACGUGUUCUGGCCGAUAUUCCUGAUGAUUACCAAUUUGGAAAGACAAAAAUUUUUAUGAAAGAAAGUCAUGAUAUGGUAUUGGAAGCCGAACGAUCCCGUGUUUAUCUGUAUUACAUCGUGCUGAUUCAGAGGGCGUUCCGGCGGGUACUGUUCUUCAAGUAUAUUCGAAGAUACCGUAUGGCAGCCAUUACGAUUCAGAAACAUUGGCGUGCACGUGGCUAUCGGUCCAAUUAUCUAGUCAUGAGAAAUGGUUUCCGAAGACUUCAAGCGGUAAUACAGUCUCGCGAGUUGUCCUACAGGUUCACAAGAAUCCGGGAUGUUAUUAUUCACCUUCAAGCUAAUUGUCGGGGUUAUUUGACCCGAAAGAACCUUAGAGACAGAAUUACCUACAAAGCGAAGCGAAUGACUGACCUGCGUGCUUUGAAGCGCAAAGAGGAGAUGCAAUUCAAACAAUCGGGCAACAAACGGUGGCGGGAGGACGCCGAGCACAAUUAUUGGCUAAGAGUGGACGAACUCAACCGGGAGUUGGCGCAGGAAGCGGAAGAAGCUAGAAGGGCAGCUAUCAUUAAACCGCAGCAACCGAUUAACACCGAAGAGGACAACAAAAUAGUUGACGAUGUAUUCGGCUUUCUGGACAGCCCCAUGAGCCCGGAGCCGGUGCCGAAACGAAAGGCCUCAUUUGCCGAGGACGAUUCCGAAGCGGCGGAGGCAUCGGUCGCUGCACUCGCAGCCCAAUAUGGAGCAAAUUUUUCUUACCGCGAGGAUUUAUCCGAUUAUAACUUUGCCAAGUAUGCGGCCACAUACUUUGCGAAUAAUGUGUCUUAUCAGUUCAGCAAGCGCAAGCUCAAAUCCUCGCUCCUAGAUUUAACCAGUCCGGCUGACGUUAUCUCGGCUCAGGCUUUGUGGAUUACAAUUUUACGAUUCAUGGGUGAUAUGGCCGAGGCACGUUAUGAGGACGAUAGCGAGACAGGGAAGCGCAAACCGGUCAUGCAGAAGUUGACAGCCACGCUAGGUAAAAGCUUUGCAAAGACUAAAGACUUCCAAACUUUUCAGCAGAACUUAUCGGAGCAUGAACGGAAACUGAUUCAUCGAACCUUAAAGCGAAAAUCCAAGAUUCCGGCAGAGUUGAAAGCGAUAGUAGAAAGUACAGAUGAAAUAGCAGAUUACCAAGAAUUUCUUAACAAUCGGAGCACUAAUUUGGACAAAUUACAUUUCAUCAUUGGUCACGGUAUACUGAACAAGCGGCUUAGGGAUGAAAUCUAUUGCCAGAUUUGUAAACAAUUAACCAAUAAUCCCAACUCCACUUCUCAUGCGAAGGGUUGGAUAUUACUUUCCCUGUGCGUGGGAUGUUUUCCUCCUUCGGAAAAAUUUGAAAAAUAUUUGAGAUCGUUCAUGCGAGACGGACCGGAGCGAUACGCUCCGUAUUGCGAGAGCCGGCUUGAUCGUACGUUAAAGAAUGGUACCAGAAGACAACCUCCUUCCUGGCUAGAAUUACAAACUACAAAAACUAAGAAACCAAUCUUACUUCAGGUUACACUGAUGGACGGAUCUAGCAAGAAUGUAGAAAUCGAUUCUGCCACAACAGCAGAAGAAAUGUGUGAAAAGCUGGCCUACAGUUUGGGUUUGAAGGACGUCUUUGGGUUCUCGAUAUUUGUUAUGUUGCUUGAAAAGGUUCUGUCGCUUCAUAGCGGACCAGAAUUCAUCAUGGAUGCGAUUUCGAACUGCGAACAGUAUGCUAAGGAACAAGGAUUGAAUGAACGGGAUGCCUCAUGGAGGGUAUUUUUCCGCAAGGAAAUGUUUGCCCCAUGGCAUGAUCCUACAGUGGAUCCCAUAGCAACUAAUUUGAUAUAUACACAGGUAGUGCGAGGAGUAAAUCUUGGGGAAUUGGUUAGCACUUCGGAUAAGGACAUUGCCAUGUUGGCUGCAUUGCAGUAUUACGCCGAAUACGGUCCAGAAAUGAACAGCAAAGUUUUGCAAGAGAAGUUGAAGGAAUAUAUUCCGAGAAAUCUUGUGAGAUCCGAGACAACAGCUCGGUGGGUUCAAUUGAUCGAGUCUGCUUUUAAGAGAAGUCGAUGCGUUAAAGAUGGUCUGCAGCGAAUUACAGCCAAGGAGGAUAUAGUAUUGUUUGCAAAAUUAACGUGGGGUAUGAUGUUUUCAAGAUUUUACGAAGCUGUUCAAAUCGACGGAACGAAGCUUCCGACAAGUAGCGUUAUUAUCGCGAUCAACUGGUCUGGUGUUUACUUUGUGGAUGAUCAGGAGCAAGUCCUGCUUGAAUUAUCCUAUCCGGAAAUUAUCCACGUUGAAUGCGAAAAUAUGGAAGAGGGUGAGGUUGGUACGCUGUUCGUGAGUACGAUUCAAAAGGAAGAAUUUGUGUUUAAAUCAUUUGAGUCCAAAGCUGUUUCCGACUUGAUCAACUAUAUUCUGCGGGAAUUGCGCAACAAGAGUAUUUAUGCCGUGGCAAUCAAAACCUACACGAGUGACAGUGAAAUGGAUUCGAUGUUGAAUCUUUUGAAAGGAGAUCUUAUAACAUUAGGUCAAGGAUUCACCGGGGAAUCUAUACUUGCCGAAGAUGCUACUUGGGGAUAUGGAGAGUCGAAUGGAAAGUCGGGUUAUUUUCCUACUGAAAUCAUCUACGUGCUGCCGACGAUCAUGCUUCCAACGGCAGCGGUCAUGAAUGUGUAUAGGAAAGAAGGGAUUCUGAAAGCUAGAAAGCAUACUGCUACUAAUUAUAAUACGAUUCAGCGGAAGAAAAUGCACACUUUACAGAAAUUCAGCUGUGAGCACUUCAGAACACCCAUAAGUGUCUCAUCGACUUCAUCUACGUUAUCCAGUGUAAAGAAAUCGAUACCCGAACAGCUUUGGAAACACACAAGAGAACCUAUGAAGGCUCCACUGUUGCAGAAGCUGCAACAUGACAAAGAAAGAGCCGAUAGUGCUGUCAUGAUCUUCACUGUCAUCUUGAAGUAUAUGGGUGAUCUGCCCAGAGGCCGCGAGUUCAUCGAUACGGAUAGGAUUUUCGUCCAUGCUCUCAACGAUGACAUUAUACGUGAUGAGGUAUUUUGUCAAAUAAUGCGCCAACUGACCGAUAACCAGAUUCAGGUCAGCGAGGAACGCGGCUGGGAUCUGCUUUGGCUUGCAACCGGUGUCAUGGUUCCUAGCCAGCCAGUGUUAAGGGAGCUAUUUGAGUUCCUCAAAACUCGAAAGCACCCGAUCGCAACGGAAUGUUUACAGAGAACGCAGAAAACUUUGAAGGUCGGCCAGAGGAAAUUCCCACCGUAUAUUGUGGAAGUGGAAGCGAUUCGCUACCGUACUGUUGAGAUUUACCACAAGGUGUACUUCCCGGAUGACACUGAUGAAGCUUUCCAAGUUGAGUCCUUCACCAAAACUAAGGACUUGGUUCAAACAAUCACAAAAAGGUUAGAGCUGAAGUCGAGUGAAGGUUUCAGUUUGUUUAUUAAAAUAGGGGAUAAGGUAUUUUCUGUACCAGAGGAGUACUUCCUCUUCGACUUUAUUUACGAGUUGAUGGAAUGGAUGCGUGAAGCGCACCCAUCUAGAACAAAUGAACAUCGCAUUCAGUGCGAGUACCAGCUAUUUUUCAUGAAGAAAUUGUGGAUCAACAUUGCUCCAGGAAAAGACAUCAUUGCUGAUGAGAUGUUCUACUUCCAUCAGGAAGUCCCUAAAUUGUUGCAAGGAUACUAUAAAGUGUCGAAAGCAGAGGCGGUGGAUCUGGCAGCAUAUAUGUUUUGGGCUCAGUACGAUGAACAGGAUGUCCAAUUGUUGCAGAAAUCUUUCGCCGAUAUGAUGCCAUUACUGAUAUCUGAGGAUGUUGCUAAAAUGCAGAAAUCUGAACAGUGGAAAAAAGAUAUAAUUUCCAAAGUUCGUUCUCUAGCUGGUAUAGGGUCGUCCGAAGCAAAGAUGGAGUUCUUGAAAAUAGUACAUAAAUUCGCUAUGUUUGGAUCUACGUUCUUUGUCGUGAAACAAGCAACUGACCAGAAUCUUCCAGAAACGUUGCUGGUGGCAAUCAACAGACAUGGUUUUAAUCUGAUAGAUCCACGAACAAAGGAUGCUUUGGCUCAGUAUAGUUUCAUGGAACUGAACUUCUGGAGCUCUGGUAACACAUAUUUCCAUGUUAAGUUUGGAAAUAUGAUGGGAUCAUCAAAACUUUUGCUGGAGACAAAGCAAGGAUAUAAAAUGGACGAUUUACUGACUUCCUACAUUCGUUAUUUUAGAACACAAGCUCAACGUGAUUAACAUGUUUCCCAAAUAUAUACUUGCAAAUGUAAUAAUAUA